AUGUCAAAAUUAAAUAGAGAUAUUCUUUACUUGAUAUUUGAAGAAUUACGUAAUGAUAAUAAUACUCUUUAUACAUGUAUUUCAAUUAAUAAGACUUGUUGCGAAAUAAUUAUUCCACUUUUAUGGAAUAAUCCUUGGAAAUUCUUAAGAGAUGAUUGGGAACGUCGAAAGAAGAAAUUAUUGAACGUAAUUAUUUCACAUUUAUCAGAUAAAUCAAAGAAUAAUCUAAGUCAACAUUUGGAUCUUUCGACAAAUUCAUAUAAAAAACCUUUAUUUGAUUAUAUUAGUUUUUGUAGACAUUUAAAUUUAAAUGAAAUCCUGAAAGUAAUUAAUACAAUUAACGAUAAAGAUAAUAUUUCUAUUAUUAAAAGUGAAAUAUUCGAACUUUUUAUUAACGGAAACACGAAAUAUACGCACCUUUCUAUACCUAAACAAUUUGAUUAUCCAAUACAUCAUAUUUCUGGGGCUGAACGAUGUUUUUCAGGAAUUGAAUGCUUUUAUUGUGGUACUAGCAUAAAUAAUGAUAUUUUAGUUGGAUUAAUAGAAAUAUGUAAAUUAAUUAAAAAAUUGAAUCUUAAUAUCGAAACAAAUAAUAAUAAUUAUAAAAUUAUUGAAUUGAUUAAGGCACAAAAAAAAAUUUCAAGUAUUAGUCUUUUAACCGAAUUAUACUCCAAAAAUUUUGAUGAGUCUUUUUGUCAAGUUCUUGAAAAUUCGUUAAUUAAACAUGUAAAUACCAUAAAAUAUUUUAAGAUAACUAAAAGACUUACCACAAAAAUUCUCUCAUCUUUUGUAAAUUUAAAAGGUUUAGAAUUAGAUGGCAGUUCACAUGAUAUGGAAUGGAAUUAUUUAAGUAAUUUAUCUUUACCUUUCUUACAAAUUUUGAAAGCUAGGCGAGUUCCAAUUAAUAUUUUAACAUAUUUAAUUGAAAAUACAAAUGGAUUUCUUUUCGAAAUAAAAAUUGAUUAUAUACGCCACGAUGAAGUUGAAAAUAAAAAGAUCAUUCAGGUCAUUUAUCAAAAUUGUCCAAAUCUUAGAUUUUUAAAAUUAUUAUUUAGAAAUUGUAAUAUUUCAGAAUUAGAAAAUUUAUUAGUUUAUUGUAAAUAUUUAGAUGGAUUGUAUCUUAUCAUUAAUAAUGUAGAUGAUGCGUUUGAUUGGGAUAAUUUAUUCAAAACAUUGGCAAAAUCAUCACCAAAAAAUUUAUUCAAGUUUAAAUUUGGUUUUCAUUCACUUUAUAGAAAUAUUAAAUUAGAAUCUUUGGAAUUAUUUUUUAAUAAUUGGAAAGGUAGACAUCCUAUGAUAUUACAAUUCAGUCAAGCGAAUAAUAUGAAACCAUUUACUGAUUUGAUAGAAAAAUAUAAAGCCGAAGGUGUAAUUAAAACAUAUUAUAAUAAUUGGCACUUUGAGUGGUUUUAA